AUGUUCAGGCUACGCAGAUUCCAGGCUCGAUGCUUGUGGCAAGCUCCAUGCCGCUACAAUUCCACUGCGCCUAUCACACCUCCUCUGCUUGCUUCGUUACGGGGAGACCUGAAAACUGCUAUGAAAGCUCGAGACACUGUUAGACUUGAUGUAUUACGAGCAAUCAUCGCAGAAGUCAACAAUGCCGCCAAGACUCAGUCUCCAAUUCAAACAGACCUCCAAUUACUCGCUCUCAUUCGCAAGCGGUCUACGUCCCUCGAGGCAGCUAGCGAGGAGUUUGUUAAAGCUGGCAGAAGCGACUUAAAGGUGCGAAAUGAUGCAGAAAUCAGCGUGCUUGCGGAAUACGCAGGACAGGUAUCUACCAUGAGUCCCGAUGAGAUACAGUCCGCGGUCUCUCAGACCAUAGAACAACUCAAAAGCCAGGGAAAGAAAUUUGAUAUUGGCACAGUUAUGAGGACUGCUUUUGCCCCGGGAGGGCCGUUACAUGAAAAGCCCGCAGAGAAGUCGAUCGUCUCAAAAAUGGCAGCCCAAGCGAUCUCUGCAUGA